CUUCAGGGAGUCGGCUGGUGCGCGCGGCGGUGCGAGGCAGCGCCGGGAGGGUCCACUUGACGUCCGUCCGGGAGCGUGCCCGGGACCGUCAGCUCGGACCCGGGGCAGCUGCGAAGCCGAGCGGAAGCCGGUGGCACCGGGAGUGGCGGCCGGAGCCCCAGCUACUGGCGGGAAGCACCCAGGAUUGGGGAAGCCCCUGGAGUCGUGCGGCGGCGCCUCCCUUACCCAAGGGGCCGCGGCGACGGUCACGGUCACAGGGCGAGGCACCACCGCGCGCGACCCAGGCUGGGCUUCCAAACGCGCGGCUCAGACUCCUCCUCGCCGCGGGCCGCCUCACCUGCGGGCAGUGCCGCGCCGCCUCCGCCGGUGGAGACGACACCUGCGCCGCCUCGCUCCCGGGUCUCCGCCCGCCGCCGCCCCUCCCGCCCCCGUCCGGCGCCAGGCCCAGGCAGCGCACCUGGCCGCGCGGGGCUCGCCGGAGCCGCGGCUCGGACGGCGCGGCGUCUCCCCGCCGCCCGGGAGGACGCAGGUGGAGCGAGCGCGGCUUGGCGGAGCCGGGCCCGCCGCGGGUGCCGGAGACCGGGCGGCCGGCACCCGUAGCCCGGGAGGAAUUGCGGGCGGCUGGGCACCAUGAACGGCAGCAGCGCCAACAUCACCUACGCCAGCCGCAAGCGGCGGAAGCCCGUGCAGAAAACCAUCAAGCCAAUCCCAGCUGAAGGAAUCAAGUCAAAUCCUUCCAAGCGACAUAGAGACCGACUCAAUACAGAGUUGGACCGUUUGGCGAACCUGCUGCCUUUUCCACAAGAUGUUAUUAAUAAGCUGGACAAACUUUCCGUUCUUAGGCUCAGUGUCAGUUACCUAAGGGCCAAGAGCUUCUUUGAUGUUGCACUAAAAUCCUCCCCAACUGACAGAAAUGGAAUCCAGGAUAACUGUAGAACACAAUUUGGGGAAGGCCAGAACUUUCAUGAAGGAGAAUUCUUAUUACAGGCUCUGAAUGGCUUUGUGUUGGUUGUCACUACAGAUGCCUUGGUCUUUUAUGCUUCUUCUACUAUACAAGAUUAUCUGGGAUUUCAGCAGUCUGAUGUCAUACAUCAGAGUGUGUAUGAACUUAUCCAUACUGAAGACCGAGCUGAAUUUCAGCGUCAGCUACACUGGCCAUUAAACCCUUUACAACAUACAGACUCUGGACAAAGAAUUGAUGAAGUGAAUGGCCUCCCCCAGCCAGAAGUCUACUGUGACCCAGACCAGCUUCCUCCAGAAAACACUUCGUUUAUGGAGAGGUGCUUCAUAUGCCGACUGCGGUGUCUGCUGGAUAAUUCGUCUGGUUUUCUGGCAAUGAAUUUCCAAGGGAGGUUAAAGUACCUGCACGGCCAGAACAAGAAAGGGAAAGACGGGUCGGUGCUUCCCCCUCAGUUAGCCUUGUUUGCCAUAGCCACUCCACUUCAGCCACCCUCCAUACUUGAAAUCCGAACCAAGAACUUCAUUUUUAGAACAAAACACAAACUAGACUUCACACCUACUGGUUGUGACGCCAAAGGAAAACUUGUUUUGGGCUACUCUGAAGCAGAGCUGUGCAUGAGAGGAUCAGGGUAUCAGUUUCUUCAUGCUGCUGAUAUGCUCUACUGUGCUGAGUACCAUAUGCGGAUGAUUAAGACUGGAGAGAGUGGCAUGAUAGUGUUCAGGCUUCUUACCAAAGACAAUCGAUGGGCCUGGGUCCAGUCUAAUGCCCGCUUGGUUUAUAAAAAUGGAAGACCAGAUUACAUCAUUGCAACUCAGAGACCUCUAACAGAUGAAGAAGGAACAGAGCAUCUAAAAAAACGAAAUAUUAAGUUGCCUUUUAUGUUUGCCACUGGAGAAGCUUUGUUGUACGAGGUAACCAACCCCUUUCCUCCCAUGACGGAUCCCUUAUCAAUAAGGACUAAAAAUGGUGCUAAUGGAAAAGAUUCUGCUACCCAGUCAACUCUCAGUAAGGAUUCUCCCCAUCCCAGUUCUGUCUUCAGUGCCAUUAUGCAACAAGAUGAGUCUAUUUAUCUCUCUCCUGCUUCAAGUAGUGCUCCUUUCGAAAGAAAUUUUUUAAACGAAUCUAUGGACACAUGUAGUAAUUGGCUGGACAGUAUUGCACCAGCGGGCAAUGAUAUCCUGAAACAUGAGCAAAUUGGUCAUUCUCAGGAAAUGAACCCGACACUUUCUGAAGCUCAUGGAGGGCUCUUCCCAGACAAUAAGAACAGUGACUUGUACAGCAUUAUGAAACACCUAGGUGUUGAUUUUGAAGACAAACACAUGCAGCAGAAUGAGGAAUUUUUCAGAACUGACUUUUCUGGUGAGAAUGACUUCAGAGACAUUGACGUAACAGAUGAAAUCCUGACGUUCGUCCAAGAUUCUUUAAAUAAGUCUACCUUUGCGUGUCCAGGUUACCAGCAGCAGCCGUCCAGGGCGCUGAACUCAAGCUGUAUGGUCCAGGAGCACCUGCAGUUGGAGCAGCAGCAACUGUGCCAGAAAAUGAAGCAUAUGCAAGUCAAUGGCAUGUUUGCAAAUUGGAGCUCUAACCAAUCUGUGCCUUUUAAUUGUCCUCAGCAAGACCUACAACAGUAUAAUGUCUUUUCAGACUUACCUGGGACAAAUCAAGAGUUUCCCUACAAAUCUGAGAUUGAUACUAUGCCUUACACAGAGAACUUUAUUCCGUGUCAUUCGUCUGUGUUAGCACAACAGUCCCAGCGGACACAGGUAGACUUUCCCCUAGGGAAUUUUGAACCAUCCCCAUACCCUACUACUACUUCUAACUUAGAAGAUUUUGUCACAUGUUUACAAGUUCCUGAAAACCAAAAGCAUGAACUAAAUCUACAGUCCACUCUAGUAACUCCACAGACAUGUUAUGCUGCGGCUGUGUCCAUGUACCCAUAUCGGCUGGAACCUCAGCAGAGCAAUAUGGCUCAGAUGCAGUACAAUCCAACCAUGCCAGGCCCACAGGGAUUUUUAACCAAGUUUCCGAAUGGAGUUUUAAAUGAAACCUAUCCAGCUGAGUUAAAUACUAUAAAUAACUCUCAGACCACCACACAUCUUCAGUCUCUUCACCAUCCAUCAGAAAACAGACCUUUCCCUGACUUGACAUCCAGUAGAUUCCUGUAAUUCAAAGCCCAAUUUUUACCUUGGUUUUGGUUUAAAAGGUGGAAGAUUACAGUUACUAAACUGUCAAUGUUGGACAUCAGCAAGUUCACAUGGAGGCAUUGAUGUAUGUUGUUCCCAAACCACAUUUUAAUGUUUUUCAAAGAGGAAUUAAAAACAUCAAAAUUACAUAGACUGUAAUCAUUCAAAUAGAAAGGAUAUGCCACAGGCUGGUGAGAUACCAUCUACAUUUCACAUUCUGUGAAAAAGUUUUUUCUAUUGGAAUUAUUUCUGUCAGAAUAAAAAGGAAAUGCUUUUGAGUUUUCGACUUAUGAACCCCAAAGUUACCAAAGUAAACUAUUUCUCAUAUUAAGUGGUUUGGUGCUUUCCUUCUUCAUUGUUCAUGUAAGUGCCUCAAAGUUUUUUCUACCUAUAACACUGUAGGAUGUAUAUUUUAUAUACAAAAUAAUGCUUUUUCUUUUUAAAGUUAAUAACAUUUUACACAAGUAUUAUUUGCAUUUCUUAAAUUCAAUCAUUUUUAUUAAUCCAGGCAUGUUUUAACUGCACUAUUUACCCACUUUCUUCAGGUAAAGAAUAAAUAAUGACUGAAAAGAUAAUUAUUUAUUAUGAAUAAACUACUUGCUUCUA